GGGAGAAAGUGGAAGACUGUGGAUAUAUUUCACGGAGUCCUUAUUCAUUUACUCCGUCGGUUUGAAACAAACCGAACUUACACCUGUUGGAGAUUUGCAUAACGCGCUCUUAAUACGCAAGCGCAAGGUUAGAUAAUAAUAAACACAAGAGCCACGGCCGGCUUCGGAGAAGAUUAUUCAAUUCUAAGGACUACAGAGAGCACUAUGGCAGAAAGAGGACUCACCAGCCGAAAAAUCACAUCUCGAGACUUUGUGAAGAUAUUCAAUUCUUUUGAUACCGAUGGAAAUGGAUACAUUGAGAAAAAGGAAUUGGAUGAAUUUCUAAAAGUCAUGUACGAGGAAAAGCAGGGAAAGCCAUCACCACCAGAGUUGGAAUCAUUUAAACAAGAGGUGUUGUCCCAGUACGACGAAAACCACGAUGGAAGAUUCCAGAUGCAAGAACUUCAGAAAAUCUUAGAUGUGGAAGAAAGCUUGUUGGGCAAGUACAAGCUGAAGGAAGGCCCCAUUACUAGUGUUGAUUUCAUCAAGAUCUGGACUCACUAUGAUGUGGAUAAGAGUGGUUUCCUUGAACAAGACGAGUUAGAGGGAUUUUUCUACGAAAUGCUGCAACCCUAUAACCAAAACGUCCAGCCCCAGCAAGUGAAGGAGCUUGUGAGCUCAUACAUUGAGCUGUAUGAUUCAAACAAAGAUGGCAAGUUUGAACUCAGUGAGCUAGCAAGAUUCAUUCACGUUGAAGAYAACUUUAUCGAGCAGUUCAGGGGUAAAAGCGAGCUGUCAAAAGAAGACUUUAACAAACUUUUCAAUCACUACGAUGAUGAUAAUAGUGGUGAGAUCGAAGGCGAUGAAAUAACUGCUCUGCUAAGGGAUAUCCUUCUGCAGCAAAACAAAAACCAGGAAAUAACCCAAGCGGACCUGGAGGGGAUUAGGACACAAAUUCUUGAAAUGUUUGACACCAAUAAGGAUGGCAAACUGUCUAGGGAUGAGAUGAGUCUUUUGUUCUCUUGCAAAUAGGAYAACUAGUCAUAACUAGUGAUAUGGACCAUCUUCUAAUUUAGAUAUUAGCCCAAWAAUCCUAUUAUUUAUAACAAGUUAUUAUGCUAUUUAUAGCUUUUCACAUUUUGACCCAAACGCAUCCAUAAUGCUUUGCGUGGUUUUUAAUAAAUGUUAGAUCGAAAACAAAGCAUUCUGGAUUAGCUUGUGUCAUGACGUUACGUCAACGUCGCUUUCUAUGUAAAGUCGCAUAUCCGCACAUGCGUAAAAGAUACUAUACAAAGCAUCCUGGCUCAGCUGGUCAUGACGUCAAAUUGACGUCACUUGCUUGCUCUUGUCACUUGCUUCGUUACGACGCAUGUGCGGACAUGCUUAAGUCUCAAGAAAAUAAGAAYAUUUCAAGCAAAGCUACCAUCAGAGCUUAAGGUUAGUAUCGCUAAGUUUGUUUCKGGCAGUAUUCAAAUAUUAUAAAAUUCUUUAUAUUCAUAUUUGUCUAGUUUUUCUCUUUUUUUAGUAUUGCAAUAAUAAGUACAAUGUACAAUUUUAAAUAAUAACAAAAAUCAAGAAACACGGUAAUGCUCUUUAAACUACGUCCAGGGGUAGAGAAUCAGAUUCCUGUCCUUGGAAUACCAGCCUACCCUAGUGUUAUACUCAGUAACAAUAGACGAGGAAUAAAGACGUUACAAACAAAAA